ACAGUGCGGAGCCGGCGGCACCGGGGCGGCACCGGAGUGCAGCCGCGCUGAGCCCAGGCGCCCCGGUGCCCGGCGGGGGCCGGCGGCGACCGUGCCAUGCGGGGCUCCCCCCCGGCGGCGGCGGGGCGGGAGGGCAGCGGCGCCCCAUGCGGCUGGGGCGGCCGGGCGGCGGCUGACACCAUGUGCGCCCGGUGCCCGGGGCGAGGAGCGGGGAGCAGCCAUGCCCCCCCCCGCCCAGCCGGGGGUGCCGGGCGGGCGCGGCUCUAAGGUGCCCCCGGCGCGGAAGCUCCUCUGCAUGUGCAGCCUCUCCCUCUGCCUCACCUACCUGUGCUACAGCCUCAUGGGGGGCACCGGCCCGGGCGCCCUGCGCUCCCCCGCCGCCCUCCCCGGAACGGCGGUCCCGCGGUCCCCCGCCGCGCUCCCCGGCACGGCGGCUCCGGCGGCCCCGCGCUCUCCCGUCACCCCGCCGAGCAGCUCCGGCGCCCCGGUUCCCUCCGCAGCUCCGACACGGGCCUCCAACAGCAGCCGGGAAGGGGCGGCGGGCGCCUGGCUGCGGACGCCGCUGGCCCCCGGGGAGGUGAUCACGGCGCAGAGCGGAGCCUUCGAGAGGGACCCUCAGGAGUCGAGCACCACGGACGAGGAGCUGAGCCGGGCCGGCAGCCCGGGGAGCCGCGGCGGCGGCGGCAGCACCACGCCGGACUACGGGGAGAAGCGGCUGCCGCAAGCCCUCAUCAUCGGGGUGAAGAAGGGGGGGACGCGGGCGCUGCUGGAGGCCAUCCGGGCUCACCCCGACGUGCGCGCCGUGGGCACCGAGCCCCACUUCUUCGAUAGGAACUACGAGAAGGGGCUGGAGUGGUACAGGAACGUGAUGCCCAAGACUCUGGACGGCCAGAUCACCAUGGAGAAGACCCCCAGCUACUUCGUGACCAACGAGGCCCCCAGGCGCAUUCACUCCAUGGCCAAGGACACGAAGCUGAUCGUGGUGGUGAGGAACCCGGUCACCCGGGCCAUCUCGGACUACACACAGACGCUCUCCAAGAAGCCGGAGAUCCCCACCUUUGAGGUGCUGGCCUUCAAGAACCGGACCCUGGGGCUAAUCGAUGCCUCCUGGAGCGCAAUCCGCAUUGGGAUCUAUGCCCUGCACUUGGAGAACUGGCUCCAGUACUUCCCCCUCUCCCAAAUCCUUUUUGUCAGUGGUGAGAGGCUCAUUACUGACCCGGCUGGGGAGAUGGCCAAGGUCCAGGACUUCUUGGGGCUCAAGAGGAUUGUGACAGAGAAACAUUUUUAUUUUAAUAAAACCAAGGGGUUCCCCUGUCUAAAGAAGCCAGAGGACAGCAGUGCUCCUCGGUGCUUGGGCAAGUCUAAGGGUCGAACUCACCCCAAAAUAGACCCAGACGUCAUCCACAGACUGCGGAAGUUUUACAAACCAUUCAAUGUCAUGUUUUACCAAAUGACGGGCCAAGAUUUCCAGUGGGAGCAGGAAGAAAGUGAUAAGUAGAACCACAAAAUCAGGAAAAAAGCUCUUUUCUUUUGAGAUGUGAAUGAUCAUUAAGAGACCAAAAACUCAGUCGGGGCUAGAGGCUCAGCCUUGCGAGCGCAAGACUCUUGCGCUGUCAGGGUUGCAGCCAAAGCCGCCCCACGUUUCCAGCUCUGAAACCUUAGUGGCACGUCACCUUGGGUUGCACUUGGGCUGCCCCCCUCCCCGUGAUGCUGAGGGGGCAGGGGGCAGGUGGGAAGAGGAGGAGGAGGCGGCGGCAGAGGGAGCGGGGCUCCUUGGGGUGAUCGGAUGCUUCAUGUAGACAUUUCGCUGCUGGUGUCCCCCUCGCAGCCAGGCAGGCGGGACCAGCACCUCCUGCCAUGGCUAGCUGAGCAGGAGGGUGGCUCACAAAACCCAGCAGCAUUGAGACAAACCAAUAGAUUUGAUUUUUCCUGCCCUGGCUUUUAGUUUUGCCCAAACAAACAGCAGCAUCAGAUCUGGUAAAUUCAGGACAUGUGCAUUCACGUGCACGCUGGUAUUUGUGUGUGGAAGGAAUAAAGCCAGUUAUGCUGCAAAGGAACUAUGUACAGAAACUUCAUUUGCACCAGACAUUUCAAUUACUUGUUGCACUAAAACUAGUAUUUACCAAGUGCCACAAAACACCUCGGCCCAAUUCUCCUCCGACGGAUGGGUGUAACUCCACUGUUGGAAGAGAGUCGUUCCUGCUUUGCUGGGAUGCUCGGUGAGAUCAGGGCCUCCCCUGGCCCCCCCCGCUCCUCCUGGAAGCCAUAUCGAAGACCGUUCCCAGGGACCCGCUCGGACUGAGCCGGGGUCUCGCUGCCUGGCCAGGCUGCCGAGGUGCAGUGCGGAGCCGUGCGUGCCCGUGCAGUGCCUCCCGGCAGGGCCGUGCUGUGCCCUGCUCCGCGGUUUGGAGCCAGGCGUUCCUGGUGGGAGCUGAGGGGGUGACUGCAGGGCAGAGGCGUGGGGGACAGCCCCAGCCUAGGGACUGGGCAGGGCUCGCUGUCGGGGCCCCUGGCACUGCCCUUCAUUUGCACCUUGAAAACGAGAUCUCUGCUGCUUGCUGUUGACAGCCGGGUUUGCAAAACGGGGAAGCAGCCUUUGUCUUUACUUCACAAUUACAAAAAAGCAAUUAAUUCCCAGGGUGAGCACUGCUCUGCACAAAAAAGGUGUGCUUUCUAGUGGAAAUGACCAAGCCACAUGCUCAACCAAAUUUGCAAAUCCUGAUAGAAACUGUGGAAUAAACCCAUAUCCCAACUGGCUCCUCCUGCAAUGUGAUGUGAGCUGCACGCUGGAACCAGCGGAGAGCCGGACAGCAGCACGUUUACACAACUGCACUGUUGCCAUCUCCAUUACUGAGCGAAAAACAGUAAGAGAGGGAACAAAAGGAAAAAUGCAGAGCUACCGCUGCUGAAAUGUUCCCUUCGCAUGGGCGAUUUCUAAGGGCAAUUGAAUAUUGCUGGCUGCUUGCUUCGUUUUAAUGAGGGGUAAGGAUGCCUCCAGGGUGGACCAUCGCUGAGUGCAUGUCCCCUGUCCCCUUUUGGGUACUGGGUCCCUGGCUGUUGGAAAGCGGCAGAGAUGCAGUGUGCGAUCGCUGUGGGAGGACCAAGACUCAGUUUUGAUUAAGGUGGCAAGAAAUCCCUACUGAUCCAACUAACUAAAUGAAAUCGCUGUUAUGCUGGGUAACAAGCUGAACCUGCUUUGGGUUUCAUGGCCUGUCGUGGGGUUCAUUACACCAUGAAGUGGUGCUGGUGCCUUGGAUUGGAUGAAAAAAGAGCUAAAGUCAUUUGGAAAAUUUACACCGUGGGCCAUGCUGGAGGGGUACCGCAAGGUCCUUGCUAAUGUCAUGUCAGUUCCUGUUAGCCUGAUUAGAUUUAAAAACAGCUCUUGACAUAACACAGUAUUUCACAGACCCACAAAUCCCAAAAUUAUUACAUGAAAAUUGGAAGUAUGUAAUAGGCAUAAUUUUCCAGUGUUUCCCACGUUAUUAAAAUAUCAGAUCAACUCCUAAGUGAAAACUGUUUUUACACAAUUUGAUGUAAGCUGCUCGAUGGAUUCAGUUGGAGGAUGAGGGGCUCAUCGACGCCCAGUGUCCAGGCUCCUCACCAGAGGGAUAUCCAGAAAUUUCUGCCUGUUCCCAGUAUGCUGCAGCCCUGACGCCAUGGUGGGCUGGCCCUGACGGUGCUGAGCAGAGCCUGCCAGUGGAGAUGGCAGGACCGGUGGCCCUGGCUGCUUGCCGGAGAAGCUUGGGUCCGGGAGCACGCCAGGACAGGACCUGGCAGGUUGGUGGCUGCGUGUGACCGAUGCUGUUAGAGCCAUCAGCGUGGCACUGUGUGUUGCCUCCAUGGACAAAGCUUGGACUCGCUCAGCCCCCCCCCCCCCAUCCACAGCUUAACCAGGAGCAGUUUUUCUCUGAGCAAGGUCUCCUUGAGCUUGAAAGAGCCCCUGAGAACCCCCAUUCCCUACCCAGCAGGUCUCCCUGCACACCCCAGCCUUGGUCUGGUCUGGUCCAGCUCAGGCUUCUCGUGGGAGUAACCUCUGGUCCCUGAGUGCCAUCAAGCCACCAUCACUCUUGCCAUCAUGCCCACCGCUGGAGGGACAGGAGAUCCGAAACACAUCUUUGUCUGAGAAUUGCAACCCAAUGAAGCACCCUGUUGGGGAAGUCACUGGUGGCUGGGCUGGGCAGGAGCAUCCAUCCAUCCUGGGAUGAAGCACAGUCAUGCCCGGGGCUCAGUCCCACAGCUGGAACAAGGCGCUGGAGCAGGGAUCCAGAGGAGGGCUCCCCCAGCAGGCUCCGGAGCCGGGCACAGCCAGGCACAGCGGGGCCCGAUCCCCCAGCCCCGAUGGUUUACAGACGCGGGGGGAGCCAUGGGAGGUGCUGGACCUGCCCGUGGCCCCGUGCCUCACCUGUCUGCCUCCAGCUCUCCCUCCCGUUCUUUCUGCCAUAUAUUCAGAGGUUUAUUUUUUAUAUCAACUGCAAUCUCCAGCUCGUGAGGAGCCACCGAGUGCCCGGCAGGAGCGGCUGCCCCUGGACACCGACCGCCCCAGCAUGGCGGGACGCGACCCCCGCCUCCCCGCGCACCACCGCCGUGCCACCGGCCCCGUCACAGCGCUGGAAGGGAGCGGGGACACGCCAGCCACCCCGGCACGGGCUGGGGCACAGGGAGGGAGCAUCUGGGGGGGGGGUAUUCUGUUUUCUGAAAUGCACCCUGGGCCCCCCCGCCCACCGUGCGCGUGGCUGCAGGCGUCUGCCGUGCUAAUGCAGGGGUUUGACGGGGGAAUUAUUUUCUAUCAUCUGGCCCGAGAGUGGCCUGCCAAAUGAGAGAGAGUCAGGUUAAUAACACUUUUUUUUUAAACUAUUCAAAUGUCAGCAUUAGAAUACACAGGAAAUUGAAUUUUGUAUUUGAUUUCAAUUAGCAAAGCAUAAAUUAUAUUUAAUUUUAUACACAGACUGGGUGAUUCAUUGUUCUGGAAAAGCUGGUACUUUAUGGUUCAGAGACUGGAACUGGAGAGUUAGUCUUUCCUGAAACCAAACUGCUGUGCUGUCACCUCCUCCCAAACGCGUCUCUGUCGGUGUCACUCUGUACCUGAACAAUAUGAAAAUCCUGAACUGAACACUCGA